CGCGAUUAUAACGGUCUGAUCCUCAGAGAGAGAAACACCAGAGUCCAGCUUGUGAACUUGUUUUCUGCCCAAAAAUGAACAGAGUUAUUCUCCAGCUUGUUGCAGUCGGAUUCUGCUUUGCACUCGGUCAAGCUCUGCAGUGCUACGAGUGCAAAAUUGGCAUUUGGAACCUGUGCUUAACCACUAAAACCACAUGUGACGAGGGGAAACACUGCUUCAGUGGAGUCGGAAAAGCAGCCAAGGUCGUGGACAUCAAGACCAAGGGUUGCCUAGCAGUAGCUGAGUGCAACCAGACCAAAGAAGUGAAUUUCCCCUCCGGCAGCAACAACAGCGUCGUGUACAGUUUGAACAAGACGUGCUGCAGCAACGACCUCUGCAACAAUGCGCCCGGUGUGCCCGGCACAACUGUGCUGCCGCUGGCCCUCGCCUCCGUCACCGCUCUGUUUGUGGCCAACGUCCUGGUUUGAUGGAUGACACAGCACACAAAAUACACACUACACACACACUCUCACACACACACACACACCACACACCAGCACUACAUAAGGAGCUUGAAUAAAGAGCUUGUUUUUAUUUCCACAUGGGUCUUGUGUUUACUGUCUCACACACACACACACACACACACACACACACACACACACACACACACACACACACCAUAUAUGUUCGUAAAUUGUCCCUAAAAUGUCAUUCUUGUUUUGUUUUUUUUUUGUAUUUUUUAGAUUCAUCAGUAGCUGUCAUUUCACUGUCAGAAAUAUGAAUUAGUUGUCAAAUGAUGUAAAGUGUAAAACAAUUAUUAUAUUAGAUUAUACAAGAAGUCCCCCGCCUGCUUAUUGAAGGGCUCUGCAAUUAACUUUCUCCACACGAGUGAGCAACGUAACGUCAGGGCUGUCGGUGUGAAUCUCGUCAGGCUGUAUGACUAAAUCAUUGCAGGUCAAACUAAGUGUCAAUACAGCCUAAAGGAAUAGUUUGACACUUUUGGGGAAAUGCUUAUUUAUUCUUGCUGAGAGUUAAGAUCAAGCCGCUCAUAUCUGUGUGUUAAAUAUGAAUCCAUAGUCAGGGGACUGGAAGCAGCCUGGCUCUGAACAAAGGUUAAGAAAUCUGCCUUUCAGCAUUCAUUUUGAAAGCUCUCUAACAAGUUAUAUCUUGUUUGCUUAAUCCAGACGAGACAAGUUUUAUUUGUGAGCUGCUUUGUGCUAAAAUAAGCCAAGUUAACCGCCUGCUAUAGGCUGAAGCUUCACAUUAAACAGAUAUGAGCUGUAUAGAUCAUCUGUCAGCAGAAUAUACGCAUUUCUUAAAACAUCAAACUGUUUUUUAAAUAUUUUUAUUUAUUGCCUUUGUCCCACUGUAUUGUGUUUUUGGGUCAUAUAUUCAAAUACCAAUAUGUAGAUUUAAAUUCAAAAUAAUACGUAGUUACUUUAUGUUCACAUGAUUACAAUUUGUACAAUGUUUCUUUCACUAGUGUCAUAUCUUGGAAAACAUUUCUUUAUUUUGCUUUGCUGCUUAUAAACUACUCCAUCACUUCUGUGUUUAACUGGUUUUAUUUUUCAAUAUUGGUGUCAAACUCAUUAUGCACAUUGCUCAUAAGCUGUUAAAUAAAACGUUUUUUGAAUGUGUGUAUGUGUGUGUAUAUAUAUGGAGAGAAAGAUGAUGUAAUCAAUCAUGUUUGCAUAUAUUAAAACGUAAUUGAAGAUGGCAGCAAUUUGAAUUUUGUCAGGGUUGAUCACGAGAUACUGGUUUGGAUUUCCACAUGAAUCACAGAAACAAAUAAAGAUUUACUCCC